AUGCCGUCAGCUCCGUCGUCCGGUCUCAGUCCUCAACUAGCGCCGUCUGAUGUGCAGCGUCGGUCUCCCAAGCCGACUGUCCGGGAGGAGGUGUACGACUACAUUAUCAUCGGCGCCGGUGUGGCUGGCUCGACACUUGCCAACCGUUUGACCGCGAGUCGAGGUUCGCUAGAGUUUCGAGUGCUUUUGCUUGAGGCUGGUCAGCUGGACGCUCAGGAGGACAUUAUCACGAUCCCUGGCCUGGCUGGUACCGCGGCCGGCAGCAAGUACAACUGGAAUUUGACGAGUUCCCCGGCCGCAGGCACUGGCAACAGGUCGAUUGCCUUGCCUUCGGGCAGGGGCGUUGGAGGCGGAAGUCUUAUCAACCAGAUGGUGUUUGUCAGAGGCUCCGUCGGCGACUUCGACCGCUGGAGGCAUUUCACCGGUAGUAGGUGGGGCUGGGCUGACAUGUUCAAGAACUUUAGUGAGAUAUUCGGUCGUCCUAACGAGGAUAUUGUGGAAAACUUCAACGUCACUUGGGACAACUCUCUCCGUGGCACGAAAGGAAAUGUUUUUGCCGGCUACUCUCCCUUCUGGUGGCCAUCCGUCAACAACAUUGUAUCUGCCGCUCGAGAGCUCGGCAUCCGGGUUCUGAGGGAUGGCUCUGGCGGCGACGUGUCCGGUGGCUUCUUUACCACACAUUCCCAGACCCCCCGGAACGCCCGAAGCUCCGCACGCAUCGCGCACUACGAUGUCGCAGCGAAGAGGGCCAAUUUGAGGCUGAUCCAGAACGCGCAUGUGACCAAGGUUCAGAUCGAGCGUGGCCGUGCUAUUGGUGUUCAGUUUGUCGAGAGUUCGAGCUCGACUCGUCGCACCAUUAAGGCCCGGAAGGAGGUAAUUGUGUCGGCUGGCGCAAUCUUUUCGCCUCAGAUUCUCCAGCUCUCUGGAAUCGGGGAUGCUAAGGAGCUGAAGACUCAUGGCGUUCAGUCGGUUGUAGACCUCCCGGCCGUUGGGCGCAACCUCCAAGACCACCCCCUUCUUGUUUUGGUAAACUUGAUCAACUCUCCUCUUAAUGGGGGUAAUCUGUCUGACCCCGCGUUCGCUGCCGAAAUGAUGGCGGAGUAUAAGAGCAACCGCACUGGCCCGUACGCAAACCCCGGCGGCGAGUUUCUCAUGUUCCUGCCUACCUCAAACUUCAGUACUAGGGCACCUGAGCUCUACAAAUCCGCCCAAGCCCAGGAUGCUACACAAUUCCUCCCAGCUGACACUCCGAAGUCGGUCGUUCGUGGAUACAGAAAGCAACACGCGCUACUCACCGAGGGUAUUGCGGCGGACACUCAAACUCCUAUGGAGAUGUUCUGGAGCGAAGGGACGAUGGUUUUUGGCGCGCAGCACCCCUUCUCGCGAGGAUCAGUCAAGCUGGUAUCGAAUGACCCCUUCGACUCCCCUGCCGUUGAUCCCGGCUACCUGAGCAACCCCCUCGACCUCGCGGUUAUGGUCGAUGCAUUCAAGUUCGCGAGGGUCAUCGUUGCCACUGAAGCCAUUUCACAGCUCUCUCCCGUUGAAAUUGUGCCCGGACCCGGCGUCUCGAGCGAUGCGGAUAUUGAAUCGUACGUCCGACAAAACCUUGCCACGUUUGCCCACUACGCCGGCACUUGCUCUGUGGGCCCUCGGAGCGCAGGCGGCGUCGUCGACGAUACGUUCCGCGUCUACGGCGUGAAGAACCUCCGGGUCGUGGAUGCCAGUGUCAUCCCCUUGCUUCCCGCUGCUCACACCUCGAGUACUGUGUACGCCCUUGCUGAAAAAGCCGCCACGUCCAUUCUGCGUGAUGUUGGCUCUCGCUCGCCUGGUCGCCGAGACUGGGACUAG